AUGAUAUCAAUAUAUAUUUUAAUCAUUUUCGAUAAUAAUUUAAUUAUAAAACCAAGUGAAUCAAUUAUUUUACGUGAUCAAUUUAAACCAUUUGUUGCAUUGUGUACUGGACAAGAAAAUAUUCGAGUUGUAUCUUGGCAAUCUCCGUUACAAAUUAAUAUAGAAGAAAAUAGUAAUGCAAGAGUAACAAUUGAACGUAAAACUUAUGGAUUAAGAUUACGUAUAAGAAAUUUAACAGAAAAUGAACAAGGAACAUGGACAUGUCUAGGUUUUGAUGAAGACAAUAAAUCUUUUUCAAAAACUAUACAAAUUAAUAUUAAAAUUCCAAUAACAUUUGUUAGUGAAUCAAUUCAAUAUGCUGAAUUAAAUUCUGCUGUAUUAAUUAAAUGUUAUGUAAUAUCAAAUCCAUCGGCUGAAAUUUCAUGGUUUAAAGGAGAAGAUAAAUUAAAUAUUUUAUCAUCAAAUUACGAACAAAAAAAUAAUGGCUUAAAAAUUAAUCGAGUAUCAUUAAGAGAUAAUGAUACAUUUUGGUGUCAAGCAGAUGUUAGUGAAACUGGAGAAUCUAAAGAUUAUCAAAUUCAAGUUAUUCUUGCACAAGCUAUAACAUCAACAAAAAUUACAUGUAUGACACCAUGUGCAGUUGAAAAACGAACAGCAACUUUAAUUUGUGAGGCAAAUGGAGUACCACAACCACAAUAUUCAUGGUUUUAUGGACAGCAUGGUCCUUUUACUAUUAAUGGAAUAUCAAAAUUUAUUAUUCGUGGAAAUCGAUUAAUAAUAAAUUAUGUUGAUGAAACAGAUAAUGGUCGUUAUUCAUGUCAUGCAUUUAAUGAUUAUGAUCAAAAAGGACAAAAAAUAGGAUAUAUACUUAAUGUUAUUAUUCCACUUUCUUUGUCACCUAUUUCUCAAAUACAAAUAAAUCUUGAUGAAAAUUCUCCAUCACAACGAAUUACUUUUUCUUGUCGUGUUCAACGUGGUUCAACAACAAAUCUUUCUUUAGAAUGGUUUUAUGCUAAUAAUACACUUGUACAACCUAUCAAUGGUCUAUCGAUUGAUAGUACUCAAUUAACAACACAUCAUUUAAUUGAAUUAAAUUUUGAUCCUAUACGUCGUGAACAUCAUGGAAAUUAUACUUGUUUAGGAAAGAACUUAGGUGAUAGUUCAUCGACUAUUGCUCAUCUUAUUGUUCAAUAUAAACCUGUAUUGAUUGAACCAAAGAUGAACUAUGUGUAUAGUGUACUCAAUUAUCCAGGUAAAGAAUUUAUUUUUCUAAAAAAUAUUCGUAUUUUACUUAGUUUUACAGUAAUAAUGAAAUGUCGAUUCGAUAGUUAUCCACCACCUGUUAUUCAAUGGAUAAAAUUUGUAGAAGAAUAUAAUGAUAAUGAGAUUAUUUUAAAUAAUAAUGAUUUACAAGUAAUUGAUAUUUCAUUUGAACAAAUUGAAUCCACAAUUUAUGAAACACAAUUAACAUAUAAAUCAUUAGAAGAAGAAGAUUUUCGUUUCAAAUUUCAAUGUCAAGCUGAUAAUUCUCGUAUUGAAAAGCAUUUAAUAACUCUUCGACGUGCUGAACUUCCACGAGAAGCUCGUAUAACUAAAAUAAAACCUAAUUCUACUACAAUUGAACUCAAUGUUCAACCACCAAUAGAAUUCGGUGGACUUCCUUUACUUAAUUAUAUUGUUAAAUAUGAAGAAAUUAAUAUUCCUAAUUCAGUUAAAAUAGUUUCUUUUCCAGUUGUAUCAAAUAAUUCACAAUUAAUUCAGAUUGAAUCUUUACAAGUAUCAAGUUUAUAUCGAAUUGAAAUAGCUGUUGAAUCGAUUGCAGGACAAAGUGUUUAUUCGAUACCUGUUCAAGCAAAAACAUUUGAUGGAAAUAUUCCACAAUUUAAUUUAACAAUUAUUUCAUGUUUUAAUAAUAACUCUUAUUUAAUUAAAUGGUUUAUUGAAUAUGAUGGUGGUUCAAAUAUUUCGAAAAUUGAAUUAUUUUAUGCUAAACGUCGUAGUAUUAAUAAAAUUGAAAAAUGGAGUAAACCAAUUCUUAUUGAAUCACAUUUAACUGAAUAUGAAUUGAAAGAGCUUAAAUCAAAAACGAAUUAUUUAAUUAUUAUUCGUUUAUUUAAUAAAGCUGGUUAUGGUGAACGUAUGAUUGAAAAAACAAUAGAAUGUAAAAUGUCUGAUCCUCAACAAGCAAGUAUAUGGGUUAUUAUAGGAAUAAUUACUAUUAUUAUUAUUGGUACUAUUAGUAUUUUUAUUAUAUUUAUUAUCAAUCGAAUUCUAUGCGAAUGUAAAUCUUCAUAUUUUAAUGAUCAUUCAAAAAUUUAG